UGUCAAAUCAUAAAAACCUAUAUCUAAGUAUUAAGAAAAACUGACCGUCAACUUCUCGAAAUAUACGAUUUAUAUUUUGUUUAAUCAUCCUUUAUAAACGUUUAUACGAUUAUUCCAUCACAAUUUCAAGUUUCAGUUAAAAAUGUUGAAUAAAGUAUUAUUAUCGACGGAUGUAGCAUUGAUUUGUGUUCAACAUGCUCUUUCAACAGAAAAAGAAGAAAUUAUGGGACUACUAAUAGGAGAAGUACACAAUAAUAACACAUUGGUUUCAAUUGUGUCUUCUGUUAUUUUGAGACGUCUCGAUAAAAAACCAGACAGAGUUGAGAUAUCAGAAGAACAAUUAGUACAGGCAACAUUAAGAGCUGAAGAGCUAGCUGCUGCAGUUGGUAGGCCAUUAAGAGUUGUUGGCUGGUACCAUUCCCAUCCACAUAUCACAGUUUGGCCAUCUCAUGUUGAUCUUGCAACUCAAUCCAUGUAUCAAAGAAUGGACUCAAGUUUUGUUGGAAUAAUAUUUGCUGUGUAUAUUCAAGAUCAAACAGCAAAGGCACCUUCAAUACAAAUCACAUGCUUCCAAUCAGUUAAUGAAGGUACAAAUCAAAGCAGACGAGAAAUUGAACUGGAAAUUACUAACAGCAAUGACUCUCUAACAUUAAAUAAUUUUGAGAUCUUGACACAGUUACCUGCUAUUCUAAAGGAAGAAGAGGAUGAAUCUUAUAAAAAUGAAGCGGAGGGAAGUGAUUGUGAAGAUAUUCUAAAUAAACAACAUAAUUCAGCUGUAAGAACUAUAGCUAUUGGACAUAUAGUUGAAAAGAUAUCACGACCAAUGUUGGAAGCUCUUGUUGCUAGAAACGCAUUAAACACUGUCCGUCUUAAAGCUUUAAAGAAACAACAUCAGGAGCUUAUGGCUAAAUUAGAUAAGAUGUCUUGUAAUGUUUAGAUUAAGUACAUGACAUUUCAGUUAUAAAAUAAAAAACCAUACAUAGAAGUCAAUAAAAUCAAGUUAUUUUUAAAUAAAUCUAGUCCACCAGAAAUAAUUACAAA